AUGGAGACCGAUAGACGGUUCUAUUCCUAUAUCGUUGUUGGAUGUGGAGGGGUUGGAAGUGCGGCGGUGUACUGGCUGUCACGUCGGGCCGGCUCAGAUGUUUUAGGCCUAGAGCAGUUCGAACUCGGUCAUAGUAAUGGCGGAUCUCAGGACCAUUCCAGAAUUAUACGUUUAGCCUACCACGACGAUCGCUACACCAAGCUCACACCAGAUACAUUCAAAGCAUGGCGAGAGGUUGAGGACGAAUCGGGAAUCAAAUUAGUCCACAUGACUGGCGGUGUUCAGUUUGCCAAACGAGACGAGAUGGGCAAGGUCAUCGACGAAUAUGCUAAAGCUAUGGACACAAAUAAAAUCAAGUAUGACCGAAUGAAGGGUUCGGCACUACGGAAACGCUUCCCCCAAUUUGAAAUAGAUGAUACUUAUGAGGCAGUUUAUCAACCAGAAGCGGGCCUGGUAGACGCAGCUAUGGCUAACGCCGUUCACAUUCAACUUGCCGAGGGGAGGGGAGCACGAGUCAUAGAUAACUGCCCUGUGAAAGGCGUGGAACGGGCAAAAGAUGGGAAAAUUACUGUGUACACUACAAAGGGGGUUUUCCAGUGUCGCCGUCUGGUGGUGGCCCCCGGAGCAUGGAUCAAUCAUGUGCUUGGAUCUGUAGGCGUUCACAUUCCAAUUUAUGUCACUCAGGAACAAGUGACUUACUUUGCAACUCCAAACGUAAAAGAUUUCACCAAAGAAAGAUAUCCGAUUUGGAUUUACCAUUCACCGAAAUACGACUUCUACGGACUACCCAUACAUGGUAACUCUGGUAGUAAGAUUGGCAUAGACGCUGGGGGGCCAGUAGUCACAGCCGACACACGAACCUUUGAACCAGACAAAAUUAGGGAGGAUGCCUGCAUAGCACACCUACAGAAGACCAUACCUAAGUCUCUUGGUCCUCUGAUGUAUACAAAGACCUGUUUAUACACAAUGCCUCCGGAUCGUCAUUUUGUCAUCGAUACCUGUGCCAAGACAGGAUGGGAUGACGUCAUAAUCUGCUGUGGUGCAGGACAUGUAUAUAAAUUUGCAAGUCUGGUUGGAAAGAUUCUGACAGAAAUGGCUGUUGAUGGGAGGACCCAGUAUGAUAUAUCUCGAUUCAAUCUGGACCGUGAGGCCUUGACCGACCCAAAUUGGAACCCCGUUUUAUUUAUGGGGACUGGAGGGAAGGUUCCGACAUCUGCCGCUAAUAAGUCAUCAAAGCUGUAG